GCGGGCUGCGGAAGCCACGCCCAGCAGUCACAGCCGGCCAUACAGGUUGCACUUCCGCCCGCGUGAGUCCUUCCGGAGCAGGGGUAACCAUGGCCUCCGCCUUGGCUCGGGUUGGUCUCCGGCCGGUUAAGCAGGUUCGGGUUCAAUUCUGCCCCUUCGAAAACAACGUGGAAUCCACGAGGACCUUCCUACAGGCUGUGAGCAGCGAGAAGGUCCGCUCCACCAAUCUCAACUGCUCGGUGAUUGCGGACGUGAGGCAUGACGGCUCCGAGCCCUGCGUGGAUGUGCUAUUUGGGGACGGGCAUCGUCUGAUUAUGCGCGGCGCCCACCUCACGGCUCUGGAAAUGAUCACUGCCUUCACCUCCCACAUCCGGACCAGGACCGCGGCGGGGAGUGGGGACAAGCCUGGCGCUGAUAUUGGGCGCUGAGAGCGCCGAAGAAGAGACCAACAAGCAGAUUUUAGUUUGGACUAGGACAGUUAUGUUUUUUAAGAAGAGCUUGAUUUAGUUAUUCAAAUCACUGUUUGGAGGGCUACGGAAUGCAAAACAAAAACUGCCAGAGGUGUGAACGAACUUGAAUUUUAUCACUUUCUUACCAUUACUCACUGCUUAACCCUUUUGAAUUUGGCUUCCCCCACCACUAACUCAAGGUACCUCUUACUCUUAUUUAUCAAAUCCAGUGCGGGGGUGGGGGGACUGACAGAGUGUUAGUCCUCACCUUUCUAUCUCAGUAGCAUCUGCCACUCUUAAUUAACCCAGUACUUGUGAAACCUCUCUCCCUCUUGGGUCCUUUUUCUUAACCAUAAAGAUGUAAGGUGUACCACCCUCGUUCUCCUUUUUCUUCUGUCUUUAUUUUUUCUGAGGCAUCUCAUACUCUUGUCGUAAUUUGAACUGCCUUCUCUAGGGUUAAACCCUAUAUGUCUGUUUGGUUCUAAUCCCAACUCCGCCCCCCCCCCCCCCCCCCCCGCAUCCUAAUUCUACAAAAUGGAAUAAAUGUUCCUUAAUCCCAAUUUAUGUGCUAUAGUCAGGUUACCUACUACCAGUUUCCUCCAAAUCCCACCAACACCCUUUGUCUAAAACAGAAUUGAUAAUCUUAUAUACACAUAUAAGAUGUGUAUACCCCUUCACCCACCCAACUUUCUCAUUCCUUUUAUUUUUUAAUUUGCUGGAAACCACAGUGUUAUCUCUGGUUCUGCCCUCUCCCUUUCCGUGCAUACAUAUCUAGUUAGUUGGUUCAGAAUAUUCUGUCUUUUUAAAAAGCUCCUGAAAUGAUCUCUCCAUGCCCAUUCUCUCUCCUCUAUCAUUAUUGCAUUCUCCCCCCCAGGCUUUUUCCAAAUCAUCUUUGCUUCUGCUUAAUGUUAUCCUUCCAAAGUACAUGAUUGGUUUUAUCUCCCACUACUACCUGGUUCAGAAAACAGUGCCUAAAGUGUUCAGCAUCCACUGGUGUGAGUAAUGAAAUCAAUUUAGGGGGGUAUAUCAGCCUUUUUGGAAAAAAAAGUAGAAUAAAAAUUAUCAGUGCAUGGCACAUGGAAUGGGAAGUAUUCCUUUGGGAAAUAUAUAUACUGUAAAUAUGUA